UCCAGGUAGGCAGAUACUUACAAGUCGGUGCCUUUACUUCUUCGAGUCAGUGAAAGGACUGAAUCAUUGUUUCAACCAAUCAAUUCUCUGACGAGCGGGCUGAUUUCACGAUCCUCUUCUGCUUCCUCAUUAGACUUCGCCGGAUCUGACACCGGGGCAUCCUUUUGUAAUCAUCACCUGAGGAGAAUCUAAAUAUCGACACAUAGACCCAACCUACAAAGCAAUACAGAGGAAGGACGCAUAAUUUUAUCUUGUUGCCUUGAACUUCUUGGUGUAUGCAAUUGAUCCUUUCCAGUAAAGGUUCUCGUGCGCCAUGGGCGAAGAGGACGACGACUUCAUAUGUCAGCCGCCCCCAGGACCCCCUCCGCUGCUAUCGAAAGAGCAACUGCUCCAUCUUGCGCGGCAAGGCUGGCUCAGCAUUCCGCUGCCAGAAACGCUGUCGGAGAUAACGGACAACCUAUUCAAAACCUCGACGCGCUUCUUUGAGCUACCGGACCAGGAAAAGGAGACGCUUUAUCCCUCCAAGGCUGGGACUGAGUUUGGCCUCUACACUGUUCCCAACGAGAAGGAAUACAUCACGCUUCGCUGUCGCAUUCAUUCAACCAACGGCUCAAAAUUAUCGUCAUCGCAGUUGCCUCUCGUACAGGCCCUCGAAGACAAUGCAGCUAGAGAGUGGCAAGAAGGUGCACUUCUGUUGUGGCGCAUUCUAUGUGAUAUUACCCGCUGGUCUGAUCUUGACAUAUCCAUAUGGAACGACAUCCUCGACGGCACCCUGGCAAUGCCAGAGUCGGAGGAACAAAUGACAUAUACGCUCCUGCGUCUCUUUCGAUACCAGCCUGCUUCUGGAUUUGCUGAAAGGCACACCGACCUGGGGUUAUUGACCAUCUGCAUAGGUGACCGUGGCGGUCUCGAAGUCCUUGAUCGGCUCAAAUCCACGGAUGAGAACCCCGUGUGGAUUGACAGCGGGGCCAGACCGCGCAUGGCGACGAUUCUGGUCGGGCAGACACUCAAGGCGUUGUCCAACGGAAUGCUAAACCCCGGUAUCCAUCGGGUCGUGGAAACUCCAAGCGGCAGGAACAGCGUUGUUUUUGCGCUACGACACUCAUCAAAGCAUGCCGUUGACUUCGGCUUGUUUGGCGGACAAGGGCUUGUCAGCGCAAGUGACUUGUGGAAGUUCGUCCAGGUCGGCAAGGUCAACAUAAACUCCAUCAAGGAAAGGAGAGACGCCCAAAGGGCGAAGUUCAAAGCCGAGAGGUUGGCGGCAGGGGAUCAUCGGGGAUGGGAUCUAGGUCGAGGCUGAGACCAACCGAUCACUUGGAUAAAGUCUCGUCAUUGACGGGUCAUGCCGAUUGAGUAACCUCUUUUACUAGGCUCACGACCCGCUUUGCAAGUGCUUCUGAGUCGGGCGGAAACCUCGCUGACAAGUAGUUAUAACUCGGGUCCUCGACAACAAAGCUGUCCAAGUCAGCACCAAGAAGCUAGGAGUCUUCAACUAGACUUACGGACUAGGGCUCUUGCUGUUCUUGAAUUGCGCCCUGUCU